AUGGAGAUGUUUCCGGACAAAAGUCGAGAUGACUUGGUGCGAGCCCUCAGUCUACACGGGACUGUUGGUGCUGUGGCUCUUUCUCUUUCCAGUAAUUUACCUGAAGAUGAUUUUAGCAGUGAUGAUGACAGCCUGUUACAGCCUUCUUUUCCCCCUUCAAAAGAGAAAAUAGAUUCCUUGCAGUCAUUGUUAAAGGAGCUUGGGAAGAAUAUGAGUGACGAGAGAGUAAAAGUAAAAAUUGAGGAGGAGGACAUACUGAACGAUGCAUUGGCCCAUUACAAAAGUCCUGAGUUUGAUGUUAAGAAGAAGCUAAGAAUCCAGUUUAAAGGCCAACCAGCAGUGGACACAGGUGGUGUUACAAGAGAAUUUUACACAAAGUUGUUCCAAGUCAUUUGCAAGAUGUUCUUUCAAGGCGGCAAAUACAAGAGUCCUGUGUACAGUGCAGAUAUUGUGGCCUCCGGACUAAUGCGAUACUUUGGCACCAUGAUUGUUCACAGUAUUUUACAAGGUGGCCCAGGCUUCCCAGUGUUGAGUCCUUCAGUAUACUGUUACAUUGCUUCUGGUAAUAUUGAUGCAGCAAUGGCCAAGAUGAAUUAUGGAGAUUGUUCAGAGCCUGUUAAGCAUUUCAUUGACAAGGUACAAACUGGACAUUUGAGUGCAUUCUAAAAUUACUGACUGAAAGGGAGCUUGUCAUCAAUUGAGUAGAAUACAGUACUUUGAUUCUGAUUCAACUCUCAAUCCCUCUCCUCUUUUAAGAAAAAACUGAAGAUUAAAUUAUUGAGUAAGUAUGAAAACAGUUUAUAAAUCUUUCCAUCUUCGACUUUUCGCCUUCUUCUCUUCAAUUGAUGUGAAACAGCUCUAGCUCAUAGUUCGAGGAGGCCUAACCUCUCAUAAGCUCCUAUAGUUUCUGUUAGGUCUCCUCGCCACUUCUUUUUUUUUUUUUUUUCUUCUUCUUUUCCUAUAUUUUUUGUAAUUAGUGUGGCAAAUAAAAUAAAAUAAAUAAAUAAAUAAACUCGAACAUCUUUCAAUUCACCUAUGAGUAUACAAUCACUACAAUGUCAAGUAACAUCAUAAUCAUGACCAUGGCAUUACAGUUCUGUUUGUAAAAAUUAUCUCAAAUUUGUGCCUACUUCUUACUAUUGCUUCUAAUAACAUAUGCAAAUAAUAUGCAGUACAGAUGAAAUAUACAUGUAAUGAUGAUAUUGCCAACAAUCAGCACACAAUAGCAAUAAAAUUACUAUGUUUAUUUACAGAACAAAGUUUACAGUCAACUUAAUUGAAAACCACUCACAUCAGAUUUUAUUUUUUUAUCAAUACUAGGUUGCACAAGCUGAAGAUGUGUGUAGUCUUGACAAAGAAGAAUGCUCAAGUAUGUUGUCUGAGUGUGGCCUUGCUGUUGCAUUAACAGUAAGUUUGAACUGACUAGCAUUGUUGCUUACUGUGAGAACGACCAUUUAACUAGAAUACACUGAAGGUGUCAUUCAUCUGUUCAGUAGUUUGCUUGGUCAGUCAGUCAGUCAGUCACACUCCUACAGUCAGUCAUUCACUCACUCAUUUGCUGACUCACGUAUUACUUCAUUCUAGAACGACAACAAGAUGAGGGUUAUUCAGGGGAUCAUUAUACAUGAUGUAAUUGGCCGCCCUAAGAUUAUUCUUGACCAGUUGGCGGAGGGUUUAAACACACUUGGAUUUCGAGCUGCUAUGAAAGAAUACCCUGAGUUCCUUGAGGCUCUCUUUAUCCCCAGCAAGGAAGAGUUGAAUGCAGAUUCUGUCAUUGGCGUGCUUCAGUUCCCUAAAGAUAUGGAUGACAAUGAAAGUGUAGUAGCAGGUUACAUUCACAUGUUUAUACAGAAUGCAAAGGUUGACACACUGGAAAAAUUUCUCUUUUGCCACGGGUUCAAAGGCUCUUCCCGAUUUUGGCCUGGGAAAAAUUCAAGUAAAGUUUGA